AUGGCAUCCAAAGCCUUGUUCUCAAUCAUUCCACGUUUAAAGCGAAAGGAGGAAAGAAAGAGAUCAUUCUUGAAGAAUGGAAGCAUCUUACUAAAGGAUCUUAUUGCUUCUUGUGAUGGAAAAUCUCAUCCUAUUCGUUCUUACUCUGCUGCUGAGCUCAUCAGAGCUACUAACAACUUUGAUCCUUCUUGCAUUAUAGAUGAAUUAGUAUACUUCGACAUGUACAGGGGUAUUCUAGAUGACCGAACAGUUAUCAUUAGGAAGUACGGACGUUGGGUCGAGGUUGACGAGGCUAUUCGUGAUAUUAUCAUAUCAAUGCAGAUGAGCACCCAUAAGAAUUCCUUGAAAUUAUUAGGCUGCUGCUUAGAGUUCGAUAAACCGGCUUUGGUGUUUGAAAAUGCAGGAAAAGGAG